UGAGUGGUGUUUCAAACUUGUGUGGGGUCACUGUCCUGAGCAGUUCUUUUAUUUUGUCUCUGGAGGAGCUGGCUGUGGAAAAUCACAUGUUAUCAAGUGCAUAUAUGAGGAGGCAACAAAGAUUUUGCACCAACUCCCCAGAUUCCGUGACCAAGCAGACAUGUCCUACCCUGCAGUCCUGCUGACUGCAUUUACUGGCACUGCAGCUUUUAACAUAUCUGGGAAAACACUGCACUCUCUGCUAAAGCUGCCAAAAUCUUUAAAACCACCGUAUCAGGGACUGGGGAAUGCACUGGAUGAAGUGAGAGCUUCACUUUCAAAUGCAGAGAUUCUGGUCAUUGAUGAGAUAUCUAUGGUUUCUAAAGACCUUUUUGCCUACAUCCACUGGAGACUUCAGCAGAUCAAAGGAAACAAGAAGCCUUUUGGUGGGAUGUCUAUCCUUGCAGUAGGAGACUUUUACCAGCUGCCACCCCUUGGAAAAGCCAAACCACUCUGUGUGUACGAGGACAAUGUCCUUGAUCUCUGGAAAGACUAUUUCCACAUGGUCAACCUGAGAGAAAUCAUGCGACAGAAAGAUGAUCAUUCUUUUGCUGAAGUUCUGAACAGGAUAAGAGUGAAGCAAAAAACAGAUUCUCUUGAAGCCAAUGAUAAAGCCUUGCUCACACAGGCUAUCCAUGACAUAAAAGACUGUCCAUCUAAUGUAUUACACAUUUAUGCUACAAACAAAGAGGUUGACAAACACAAUUCAGCAACUGUAACUGCGCUUCAUUCUGAUAUCAUAAAUAUUCAGGCCGAAGACUACAGAAAAGACCCACGGACGGGUGAGAUGGUCCUCCUGGCAGAUAUGAUGAAAGGCAACAAAAGAGAUUUACCUGAUAACAUACAAGCUGCACCUGGAGUGCGUGUUAUGAUUAUUAGAAAUUUGGAUGUUGAAGAUGGGCUUGUUAAUGGGACAUUUGGAACAAUCACAAACAUUGUGACAACCACACAGGAUGGACCAAAAACUGUGAAUCUCAUUGGACUUACACUGGACAAUCAAAAUUCUGGGCAAAAAUUUCGCAGAAAAAUACAAGGAUCUUCAGACAACCUGGUAUAUAUUGAGAAAUGUGAAGAAUCUACAAGUAAAAAAGGAGUUCUUCGCAGGCAAUUUCCAAUGAAGUUGGCCUUUGCAUGUACAGCUCACAAAGUACAAGGCAUGACAAUGGAAUCAGCAGUAGUAUGUUUGAAGCGUGUUUUUGAACCUGGAAUGGCCUAUGUUGCACUCAGCCGCACAACCUCACUUAAAGGACUGUACAUCACAGACUUUGAUGAAAGGAAAAUCUAUGCUGAUCCUGCCAUCACAGAUGCACUCAAAAAUAUGAGACAUGCAUCAUUUGAGAAUGCAAGACCACUGUUGCAAUUCUUAAAAUCAGUUGUUCCCACAGUCCCCACGUUGACAAUUAUCCAUCACAAUGCACAAGGUCUCCCAACUCACAUGGAGGACAUGAGAUGCCAUCAUGAACUCAGCCUUGCUGAUGUUUUAUGCAUAACAGAAACUCACUUGUCUGGAUCAUCAGUUUCUCCCGCUUCCAGCUGGAACAGUACAACAUGGCCACACGCAACAGACACGUCUCUUACACAAACCAUACAGACAUGGCAAAGGUAAAUGGCGGUGGAGUUGCAAUGUACUACAAAACAGUUCUUAUAGCAGAGUCUCGAAAAUACCUGCAAAAUGUGACUGACCUUGAAUUUGUUGUUAUCAAGGUUGAAUCGCCAGUCACAGCUUUGAUAGCAACUGUAUACAGGCCACCAAAUUACAGCCACGUGAGGUUUUUACCACAAAUGCAAUGUCUUUUGGACUCAUUGAAAUGAUGAAUUGCCAACCAAUUAUUGUUUGUGGAGAUUUCAAUGAGGACCUUAUGAGCAGAGAAAAAACCCAUCCAAGAACUGUUUCAGUCAAGAGGAUAUGCACAACUUAUUACUGCUGCAACUACCGAAAAACACACAUUGAUUGAUCACCUUUACAUAUCACAGCCAUACGCCUGCCUCCAAUCAGGUGUUCUGAAUACAUAUCACAGUUAUCACAACCCCAUUUAUUGUGUAAUUCACUAACACAAAAUGACUGCAAGGUUGUGAAGGAUAUGGACUUGCCAAGUGAUCUUAGUGUCUUUGCAACUGAGCACACUACCACCAACAAGGACAGCUCACCAGUGGGAGCUGAUACAUAAGACUGCUCUCAUCCAUUGAAGAGCUGACCAGAAACGUGAACAGAGAGACUGCAACUGCACCUGAUGGGAUCCCUGCCAUAACAGAUGUGUUCUGUCCAGUGAAGGCAGUGGAGAAGCCCUACACUGAUGUUGAAACUGUGCCACGCUAGUAGAGACCGGCUACAAGGAUGGGCAGCUGUUUUCGCAAAGUCAGCCAACCACUUGCUUCCAAAUGACCCUUAUCCAGAAGUAUCCGUGAGUGCCUCAUCAACAGAAACUAAAGUGGAGACCUACCUCUCAGAGAAAAACACACACAUAAGAAAAGCCGACCCACUUCAGUACUGGGAAGAACAUCCUAAUCUGUUUCCCUCUAUGGCUGCUGUUGCGAUCGCAGUGUGCCCCCUGUAGCUCUGUGGACAGUUUUGGAUUUGUUUACAUCUCACCCAACCGCUCACGGCAGAUGGCUGCACCUCUCUAAGCCUGGUUCUGCCGGAGGUUUCUUCCUGUUACAAGGGAGUUUUUCUGAACACACUCUACCACCAACAAGGACAGCUCACCAGUGGGAACUGAUAGAUAAGACUGCUGAUGCGCUCUCAUCCAUUGAAGAGCUGACCAGAAACGUGAACAGAGAGACUGCAACUGCACCUGAUGGGAUCCCUGCCAUAACAGAUGUGUUCUGUCCAGUGAAGGCAGUGGAGAAGCCCUACACUAAUCUUGAAACUGUGCCACGCUAGUAGAGACCGGCUACAAGGAUGGGCAGCUGUUUUCGCAAAGUCAGCCAACCACUUGCUUCCAAAUGACCCUUAUCCAGAAGUAUCCGUGAGUGCCUCAUCAACAGAAACUAAAGUGGAGACCUACCUCUCAGAGAAAAACGCACACAUAAGAAAAGCCGACCCACUUCAGUACUGGGAAGAACAUUCUAAUCUGUUUCCCUCUAUGGCUGCUGUUGCGAUCCCAGUGUGCCCCCUGUAGCUCUGUGGACAGUUUUGGAUUUGUUUACAUCUCACCCCAACCGGUCGCGGCAGAUGACCGCCCCUCCCUAAGCCUGGUUCUGCCGGAGGUUUCUUCCUGUCAAAAGGGAGUUUUUCCUUCCCACUGUCGCCAAAGUGCUUGCUCAUAGGGGGUCAUAUGAUUGUUGGGUUUAUCUAUAUACAUUAAUGCUUGUAUGCUUUUCAUUUAUACUUUUGCCUUACUCUUCAGUUCAUAAUAUAAAGUUACUUGAAUGGUUUCCUUUUCCUUUUUUAUUUUAUAUUGCUUUGCUAUUUACCACAAUCUAAAUAUCAUGUUUAAAUGUCAUACAUUAUUGUAAAUGGUAUCUGUACAAAAUAUUGUUUGAAUAACAUGAUACAUUUAUUAGUCCCACAUCGGGAAAUUUCAUAAUUUGGUAUUUUCCCCUUUCACAUUAAAAUACCUUUGAAAUACAAAUUGAA